AUGAAAGUCCUGAAAAUACUCGCGGCCAAAUUCAGGUCGAAGAAGAACAAGAGCAAGACACCUGUACCAAAACGAGAUAAGAGCGACGGUUCUAAAGAUGUAGCCACGGCCGACACGACACCAACCAAUCCAGCCCGCGGAGAGAAGGCGGAUUCAAAGAAGUCGAAGGAAUCAAGGGGCACAGUCACAGACGAGGAAAGAUAUCGCUAUCAGAAAAUAGUGCUGGGAAUGACAGAUGCGCAGAUAGCCAGGCAAUUGAAGCCAGGGCGCUAUGAGUUCCAGGGGACGUCGUUAAGUGCUCGCCCUAUUGGCGAGGGUGAAUUGGCAUAUGCAUAUGGAUACCGGUACAAGCAGACAGCCUGUUGA